AUUACAUUUAUUCACCACAAGUAUCCUAUUCGUGUUUUUGUUUUCAUAGGGUUAACAAAUUUAUUUUUAAAAAGAAAAAUUCCGAUUCAAAUGCUUUGUACAGUGUACUCAAUAUACAUUAAAGAAUAUCGAUUUUUUCUCAAUCAUUAAGGUCUAAUCAAUUGGUACACAAAUGAUACCAAAAUUUAUAUUUAGAUCACAAAUAUUUUGAAAAAAAAAAUUGACCUUAGUUGCACCUUUAAUACCUCAACUAUUAUUUGAGGUAUAUUCCAUAGAUUUUAUCUGUUAUGGUAUUGUUCUUAUUAUGGAUCACGUUAUAGUUUGUACACGAAAAUUAUCUUUUAAUCGUCAAGAAAAAAUUGGAUGUUUUGGAGACAUUGAUUCAUAUUCAAGUGACCGUCAGUUAGAUACUAAUUUUAAGUUUCCACCUUCUCCACAUAUAACCAAUGGAUAUUAUGUUUCACAAAAAGAUUCUUUACCUCAAAAUACAACUGCUUCCUCUUCUUAUUCACACAGUGAUUCUGAUUCUGAAUCAGAUUCAAAUUCAUUAGAUUCAAAUUCUGAUAUUUUUGAUCAAGAAAGACAGCCAAACAAUAGCCAGCUUAUAUCGUACAAAAAAAAUAAGAAACCUACAAGACUUCGAAACUCUUGUUCUCAUGGUUAUUCGUCUGAUUCUCUUCCUUACAAACAUUCAUUUGCUCAUUAUUUACCACCUAUUGGUGUCUUUUGGGACAUAGAAAAUUGUCAAGUUCCUAAAGGUAGAUCAGCAGUCGCUGUAGCUCAAGCUAUACGAGAUAGAUUUUUUAUUGGAUAUCGAGAAGCAGAGUUUCUUGUUGUUUGUGAUGUAAAAAAAGAAAAUGCACAAGUUGUACAAGAACUAAAUGAUGCUCAAGUUAAUUUAGUCCAUGUUACUUCAGUGUGUAAAAAUGCAGCUGACGAGAAACUUCGCCUUUCGAUGAGAAGAUUUGCUGAUUUACAUGGUUCACCAGCAGCUGUAGUUUUAGUAUCUGGGGAUGUAAAUUUUGCAUCUGAUCUUUGUGAUAUUAGGCAUAGAAAAAAGAUGCAUGUAAUAUUGUUACAUAAUGAGCUGUGUUCCGAAAGUCUUAUUUUAUGUGCUAAUGAGCAUUAUAAUUAUACUCAUCUUGUAGAAAUGCUACCAUUAAGAAAUGCACUUCGACAAUCUGGAAAUACUCCUGUUGAAGUUAUUGUUUCCAAUUUACCAGUAGGAAUUGACCCCGCAAAAAUUAGAAAUCGUUUGAAAAGAUUGUCAGAAAACUGUGGAGGUCGAGUAGGAGUAAUUAAUAACUGCUCUACAACAAUUCGAUUUCCAACGAAAGAAAUGGCUGCCAGGGCCCAAAAGCGAAUGAACAAAGAACGAGUUUUUAACAGUCAAAUAGUUGUUAGUUUACCAUUUGCUGUACAAGAAGAAUCUCAAUCUACAUUUUUUAUAAAUAAACCAUUAGUACAGACAAGAGAAGAAAAUAUUCAGCAUAUAGCUACUACUAUACAAUAUUCAUCUACUAAUAAUAUGCAUUCACGUUUUAAUAUAAAUCCUGUGACUUCCCCAGCUCCUUUUGAAAAUCGUAACUAUGGAUUGUAUGGACAACAAAUUAAAGGAGGAUUUGGAAUGUCUCAAAUGAAUACUAGUUUAGAUAAUUCUAUGAGGCAUCAUAAUCCAUGGCUGACAUCAAACUCCGUUGGUAUACAGACUUGGUUAAAUGGACCUCAAAUUAAUAUGAAUGGAACACGAGGACAUAUUAAUUAUAAGGGAAGGCAAAUAUUAGGUACAAGAGAAAAUCAAGAACAACAACAGUCUGUUACUCAAACUCAGAAAACAACAUUACCAAUUCCAUUGAAACAGAAUGAAAACUGGAUGCGACAUGGGUAUCCAGCUGCAAUGAACCAUGGUGGUCCUAUUACAAUUUUGAAAAGAGGUCCUAAUGGUGGCUCACAAAUAGAUACUCAGAUUGGUUGUACUAGACCAAAUUUGAUAAACUCAAGUGGUCCCCCUCCUUAUAUGAUGUUUGGUGUCAAUACUUCAAUUCCUCCACCACCUAUAGUUAAUGUACCAAGAAGAGUUAGUCCUCCUGCUAUUAUAGAGAAUACAAAUCCUGAUCGAUAUUUUCAUCCAAUAUCUCCAUCUUUUAGUAACUUACCAACAACUCAACCACCUGUUAUUAUUACUCAACAAACACAUCCUGUUGACUUGCAUGUUACUAAUUUAGAUCAAAAUAUUGAUUCUACUGAAAUGAAAAGUAUAUUAUUUAAUACGUUUCGUGAACAUGUUAUGGUGUUACAUGUAUCUGUAUUUUACCAAUCUGAUGGUAAUUUUGCUGCUGCUGUGAGGGUUUCUAGUCAACAGGAUGCUCAAUAUGCAAUUUCUAAACUUCAUCGACGUAAAAUUGGCUUUAAAAGAAUAAUGAUUGCUUACGCUCAUUCGGGCUAUCCACAGAAUCCAACAUUACUUCGAUCUCAAAUAGUGUCAAUAUUAACAGAAGUUCCUGGGCAACGUUUACCCUUAUUUAAAUUCCGUGAAAUGUUUGAAAACAGAUUUAUGACUUCAGUAUCUGUAUCUGACUUAUAUAAAAUGAAAGAUGUGUGUUUAAUCACUGAAGAACCAAAUCAUAGAAUAAUAAGUUUAAAUCCAGAACAUCGGAAUACUCCUUCACCUCUUCUUCAACCCUCUAUGCCUAUGUCUUUAUUAGAUAAAAGUGAUGCAGUUUCAUAUUGCCCAACUCAUGCUAGAAUUACAAAACCUACCGAUGAUAAGGGUUGGGCUGAACUAGAAAUGCCUGCAUUACCUAAUGUAAAAGUAUCUUUAGCAGAGUUUUCUACUCGUCUUCAUUCUUUGAUUUCAUCACACAAUAACUAUUUAAUCCUUGCCACUAUUUGUGAUUGCUAUGAGGCAGCAUUUAAUGAACCAAUUCAAACGGAUGAUAAUGGAGUUCCCUUAGAGCAUAUUGUUACAGCAGUUAAUGGUGUAGAACUUUUGCAAAGUUGUAGUGUUGGUAUUAAAUACCUUACUACAUCGUCAGCUUCUGAUAUUGGAAAUAUGUCCACCAGAUCAUCUACUCAAGAAUCUGAUACCAAAUCAGAAGUCAGUGUUGGUGGGUUAAAAAGUAUUAGUCCACCAUUAGCAAAUAAUUUAGCUUUGCUUAGUCGUGAAUUAGUUGAUUUAUUGAAAACUUGUACUCACUGUACAAUGUCAUUUAACCGAUUUAUACCUGCUUAUCAUCACCAUUUUGGUCGCCAAUGUCGUGUUGCUGACUAUGGUUUCACCAAACUUAUUGAUCUGUUGGAGGCUUUACCAAAUAUUGUACAAGUAUUUGGGGAAGGAAAUAAACGAUUUAUGACUUUAGCUCAUAAAGCUCAAAUGCGUAGAUUUACAUCAGAUUUGUUACGUGUUCUCAAAUCAGUUGCUAGUAAACAAGUUCCUGUAGUAGAGUUUGCUUCUCUUUUUGAGAAAACUCUAGGACGUACCUUUGACCCUGUUGAUUAUGGACUUUGUUCAUUAGAAGAUUUGUUAUCACAAGUAUCAGAAAAUACUGUUGUUAUUGGGCAUUUAGAUGGACAAAAGUCAGUGGCAAUACCUAAACGUGAACAGACACCUGAUGAAAUUGAACGAACUAAAGCGUUUGCUAAAGAAGUAAUUGAAUUAUUGAGUCAUGCUCCACAAUGUAGUUUAUUGUUUAAUAAGUUCAUUCCUUCUUAUCAUCAUCAUUUUGGACAUCAAUGUAAAGUAGCAGAUUUUGGUUUUACAAAAUUGAUUGAAUUAUUUGAAGCAAUACCACAUAUUGUCAAGAUUGAAGAUGAUAUGGAAGGUGAACGUCGUGUAUCAUUAACUACUGAAGUAAAACAAAAUGUACUUGGUGAACAAUUAGCUGCAUUAGUUACAUACCCAUUACCAAUAAGUCAAUUACAAAAUGCCUUUUUAUGGCAAUAUGGUUAUGCUCUAAAGCCUUCAAUGUAUGAGUGUGAUACAUUACUGGAAUUAUUACAAAAACUUAAUGAUGCUGUUAAAAUAAUGGAUAAUCAUGGAGAGUUAUUGUUAGUUGCUGUGGAUCGUAAAGAAGCUCAAUUAUUGUCUCUUAAAGUGCGUAGGGUAUUAAUGGAGCAUUCAUCAAAUGAUAGAAUGUCAGUUUUACAAUUUCAAUCUGUAUUUCAAACAAUGUUUGGUGAGUCCAUUUGUAUUGAAACUAUCAAAGAGAAGCUAACUGAUACUGUUAAUAUUAUUAAGACAAAAUUUGGUGAAGAAUAUAUUCAGUUAACUACGCUACAACUUUUUGCUCAAGAUAUUUACCGUUUGUUAAUGAUGACUGAUGGACGUUUAUUAUUAACAUCUCUUGAAGCUGCUUAUUUACGUAUGUUUGGCACAGCUAUUCAGCCUGCAGUGUAUGGAUACCAGUCUGUGAUAGCUUUAUUAACAAGCAUUAGUAGCACAGUUUUGAUUAAAGGAAGACCUCCAAAACGUUAUAUUGUAUUAAAUCGAGACCUUGCAAGUGUUGGAAUAAAUUUGCCAAGUAGUGUUAUUCAAUGUUCCUCUCCUGAUUCAUUAGAAAAAAAUCAUUGCAAUGGAAAACCUAUUACAAAUGGAAUUAACCAACAAGAAAUCAAUUAUAGUGAAAAUAAUAUGCUAGGCGAAGAAAAUAAGACACCAUUAGUUAAACUUCCUGACUUGAAACUGCAUCCAGAUAUAUUUAGUAUGAGUCCUAUGUCUCUUGUAAACAAUUCUCCUCCACAAGCACCACACCCAUCACAAGUUCCCAUGCCAACUGAAUUAUGUCCACCUUUUGGUGACACCAAGGCAUAUAAAAAUCUUACAACAAUCAAUAACAAUAAUCAUUAUGGUGAUAAACAAUAUUGCUGUCCAAUGAUUGGAAGUGGCGAGUCAGCCAAUAUUAAUGAUCAAAGUAACCAAUGUUAUGGAUCACAAAGUAUAAACAAUCGUUUUCAUUCCUAAAUGAAAUUACUAGGAGUUAGCUAGUUUUUUUUAAAUGAAAGACAUAAAUUAAAAAUUAUAUAUAAAUGUAUUUAUAAAGAAUGGCUGUAUAGCAUAUUUUUAUAUAAGGACGGACUCACUCCUAAGUAACUAAAAAUUUUUAUUAGUUUGAUUUUUAAACAAAACAUUUUCCUUGAGAAAAACUUCUUUAUAUUCUUAUAUUUACAAAGUAUUAGAUUUAGGAAGAAAAAAGUGAUGUAUUUAUUGAUCUCACUUUUUGAUUUUUAUAUGUUUACUAGAUGUUUUAAUUUAUAUUACAUAUAUCACAUAAUUAUAUCUUAAUUUAUAUCUGUAUAUCUAUAUCUAUAAUGUAUAACUAAAAAUAAUAAUAUUAAUUGUGAUAAAACAUUAUUAAGUAUGUUAAUAAUUUAGAUUUAUAUAGUCUAUAACUAUUUUUAUAUGUUUUUGGUACUAUAAAUUAGAUAAAAAAAUAUUAAUUUAAUUAGAAGUAAAAUUCAUUGGUAAUUGAAAUAUGUCACCAAAAAUGAUUUGCUCAAUUUGUUUUGUCCUGUGUUCAAACAUAAUAUUAUGUAUUGUUUUAUAUUUAUUUGGAUAUUUAUUUAGUAGGAUUUAAACAAGAUUUUUUAGUUAUUAAAUUGUGCGUGUCUAAGGUAUAUGAUUUUUAUUACCACAAAAAAAAAAACACAAAUUGCAAAUGUUUUCCAUUUGGAAUCCUUUCUUAAAAUUCAUUUAUAGAAUUUAAUGUAUAGUAUUUCAAUAAAAUUGUGUUAAAUUCUUGAAAGUCAUAGUUAUAUGUUAUUCCAAUGAAUAUUUAUUGUGUGGUUAGGAUUAAAUGUUACCGAGGAAUUAUGUUAAUUCAUAGUUAUUAUAGAGGUAUUAUUGUAAAAAAAAUUUAUAUGUAGCAUCUAUCUUAGUUAAUAAUUUCAUUACUAUUAAUAGUCUAUUAUGUUUGAUCAAAGGACACAUAAUGUACAUUAAAUUUUAUUGUAUAAUUUAAAAACAUAAUUUUAUUUAUAUACUAAGUCAUAAUAAAUGUAAGUAUUAAAUUUAAUUAUAAUAACAAGUAUUAAUUAUGUUACUAUUUAAAAUAUGAGUUGAUCAUUUUUCUUAUAUAAUUCCAUUUAAUACUAAGUAAAUAUAAUAUUAUUAUCAUUUUAUAAACACUGUGUGUGUUAAAUAAAAAAAUUAAAUUAAUAAAAUGGUUUGUUUAGGUUUACUUAUUAACUGUUGUAUUACCAAUUAUUAGAUAAUAAGCAAAUCCUUGUUUUUCUUUCUUUAAUUUUUGAAAGUAACCAUUGCAUUGUAUUAUUAGAUGUUAAUAGUAAUAUAGUUAAUUUUAAUAAUUUAUAUUGAUUGUACCAUUAGUACAAAAUUACUAGAUGAUAAAUAAUAAAAUAUAUGUAAUAUAUGUACAUUGAUCUAAAAUACUUCUAUUUUUUUAAAAAUGAUGUAUUAAAUAUUAUUUUAAAAUCAAAUAAAUAAUUUAUUUAAUUAAUGAAA